CUCCACGACGUGACCAUGGCCGGGCUGCAGGAGCUGCGAUUCCCUGAGGAGAAGCCACUGCUCCGGGGCCAGGACGCCGCUGAGCUGGAGAACUCCGACACCUUCCUCUUGGCGGUGGACACAGACUGGAAGGAACAUGACAUCGAGACGCCUUACGGCCUUCUGCACGUGGUGAUCCGGGGCUCCCCCAAAGGGAACCGCCCGGCCAUCCUCACCUACCAUGAUGUGGGCCUCAAUCACAAGCUGUGCUUCAACACCUUCUUCAACUUUGAGGACAUGCAGGAGAUCACCAAGCACUUUGUGGUGUGCCACGUGGAUGCCCCUGGUCAGCAGGUGGGGGCGUCACAGUUUCCCCAGGGGUACCAGUUCCCCUCAAUGGAGCAGCUGGCCGCCAUGCUCCCCAGCGUGGUACAGCACUUUGGGUUCAAGUACGUGAUUGGCAUCGGAGUAGGAGCCGGAGCUUAUGUGCUGGCCAAGUUUGCACUUAUCUUCCCCGACCUGGUGGAGGGGCUGGUGCUGAUGAACAUUGACCCCAACGGCAAAGGCUGGAUCGACUGGGCGGCCACCAAGCUCUCUGGCCUGACCAGCACUUUACCUGACACGGUGCUAUCCCACCUCUUCAGCCAGGAGGAGCUGGUGAGCAACACAGAGCUGGUGCAGAGCUACCGGCAGCAGAUCGGGAACGUGGUGAACCAGGCCAACCUGCAGCUCUUCUGGAACAUGUACAACAGCCGCAGAGACUUGGACAUUAACCGGCCUGGAACAGUACCCAAUGCCAAGACACUCCGCUGCCCCGUGAUGCUGGUGGUCGGGGAUAACGCGCCUGCUGAGGACGGUGUGGUGGAGUGCAACUCCAAACUGGAUCCAACCACCACGACCUUCCUGAAGAUGGCAGAUUCCGGGGGGCUCCCCCAAGUCACACAGCCAGGGAAGCUGACUGAGGCUUUCAAAUAUUUCCUGCAAGGCAUGGGCUACAUUGCAUACUUGAAGGACCGAAGGCUGAGUGGAGGAGCAGUGCCCUCGGCCAGCAUGACCCGCCUCGCCCGCUCUCGUACCGCGUCGCUCACCAGUGCCGGUUCGGUGGAUGGCAGCCGCCCGCAGGCCUGCACCCACUCGGAGAGCAGCGAGGGGCUGGGCCAGGUCAAUCACACCAUGGAGGUGUCCUGUUGA